AUGAUUGAUGCUCCGAACUCAAAUAGUGGAAUAUACAUUGAUUGUCUACUACUUUUUCUUCGUCGUGAGAGGCCUGAUGUCCUUUGUCUAUUGGAGACUAAAGCAGAUUGGGGGGUGGGUUCUACUUUGGCUCGCCGUUUUAAGUUUGAUGGAGUUUAUGAGGUUGCUGCGUCGGGUAUGGCGGGUGGCCUUAUUCUACUUUGGAAUUCUUUGUCGCUUAGUGCAACUACCUUAUCCUGUACUGAUCAAAGUAUUACUACUGAGAUUUCAGGGAGUGGUUUUUCGGCUAUUAUAACGUUCGUUUAUGUUAGGCCUUGCUCGGUUAGUAAGGACAUGUUUUGGGACAAUCUCAAACUUUUCGCAGCGUCAGUUAAUAGACCCUGGAUUGUUAUGGGGGAUUUUAAUGACUUUGCGUUACUCUCAGAAAGAAAAGGCGGGUCGGGGUCUUGCCUUAAUAGAGUUUUGAAAUUUAGGGAGAGGAUUAAUGAUUGUAAUUUAUUGGAUGUUGGUUGUGAGGGUGGUACUUUUACAUGGGUAUGGAAGGUUCAUGGGAGAGUUGUUGUUCAAGAGAGAUUGGAUCGAGCUUUAUGGGGGACUUUUAGUCGUUCGUGUCCGAAUAGCAUAGAUGAGUCGAACGGGGUGAGAGUGAUAGCCGCAAUCCCAGGGAAAUCCCAACAAAUGUUGGAACGGUAUCCAUCGCUUUUAAAUCUUAGGGAAGACAAUGAUGUGCAUUGA